GGCUUUUAACGGCGCGUGAAGGAUCAAAGGGACCAAAGGAUAUACCACAAAAGUUACUGCUUUUCUUUUCUUAUUUUCGCCUCUCAUUUAUUUGUCAUUCAAUGUCCUGUCAUCGUAUGAGCUGUCACAAGCUUGUGCUGUGGCAAUUGUCUGUUUAUCCCAAGUUUUCGUUGGUUUUUUUUUCCGAUGUUAGAUAUCUGGGAGGAAAUCUCCGCACACUCUCUUUUAUCUCUGCACCAAAUUUCGAGAGCGACAGGUUUCGGGGAAGGACAAGUAAAAGGAUGGGAAAAAGGCCGUGUUGGCUGGGUUAGGAGACCUGUAACCAACUUGGACUGGCUAGCAAUGGUUACACAACAGUUUCCCAUGGAUACCCACUCACACUCUCGCAACACGCGUGCGCACACACUCGCACAAAGGAACUCGCACCACUUGUAUGUACGAAGUAUGUGUGUACAGCGCAUCACACAGGCGCGCACACACAAGCGUGAGCGAUCUAUUACUCUUUUCUUUUGUCGAGAAGAGAUGAGAAGAGAAACCGGGCGGCGACCCGGCUUUUGGCCCCCGACGGCCCAUCUGCCCGCCCACGUGUCUGUCGUCUGUCUGUCUACCUGCGUAUCCGUCUUAAAACGGCUACUAAUAUUGACCGAAUCAUGGUUUUAUGGUGUGCGGUAUAUAUUACCCGUGUGUAUCGCAUGCAAGGACAAUGGAACGUUGCACAAGGAAAGAAAAAAGGGGGCGGAAAACUUGUGUGUGUGUGUGUGUGUCUCUCUCUCUCUCUUUCCCUUUUCUCGCGAGGUUGUUAGUACCGUGUGUAUGUGCGUUUGGAUCAGUUUGACCUGCUGCUGUGCUGUGGCCAACUACCUUACCUACGUAACUCCAGGUGGUCACCACCCGACCGACCGACCGACCGACCGACUAAUCGACCAGCCGGCCCGCGGACCCACUGGCGGCUGACGGCCGCCGGUAGGAGCUCAGACAACGCCAGUAGGUAGGUAAGUGAGCUGGGUUUUCUUACUGCCUACUUCCUCCUGCCCACCCGCCC